AUGCAGAGCGAGAUUGGCGUGUCCAAGGGCAAGCAGAGCGGGUCGCACUUCUGCAUAACGUUAGUCAUCCAGCCGCCGGUGGCGCCGCGCGUCUGCUGGGCCGUUCCCUCCGGACCGGAGCCGGCCAUGCGGCCGGAGCUGCGCACGGCCAAAGUGCUGUGAAUUGUGGGUUUGGGGCCUGCCCCUCUGCCCUCAGGACCAGUUAAAUGCUGGCGGCGGCCCUUUAACAAGAGAGCCAGGCCACAGCUGCAGCAGAGCUCACCGGCAAGCUGUUGCGCGCACAGCAGGGGGUUUAGGGGGGCGCAGCCCCUCCAAGAGAGCCAGGCCACAGCUGCAGCAGAGCUCUGACAUGAUCGAGCUUAUUUGAAACACGCAAAAAUGAUACAGCACUUCAAGGAACAUGGGUUAGCUAUUAGCAUGAAGUGGUUAUUAGGAAACAGGAAGCAGAAAGUGGCUAUAGCAUGAAGUGGUAUUGGGUAGAGAUGCAUGCGUUAUUUAGACCUUUAAUAAAGACUGUGCACGUUGCAUAUGGUCGGAUCAUUCUGGGUUGUGUUAGAUAGGAGAUGUGCAUAUUGCAGUUUGGAUGGAAGCAAUACAUUACACCAUACCCUUGUCAAAUAAUCAUUGCCUGGGGUGUGCUUUCCCGCUGACCUCAGGUUUUGCCAAUUGUUGUACGGCUCUCUUAAUAGUAAAGGCACCCC